AACAAGCUUCCCGUUCCCAAACAAUGACGAAAGGCGGGUUUUAACUUUUAAAGAGGGUUUUUCAAUCGCUUCCCCAAUUCAAAGCCCUACUGUGAUUUGAGAAAACUGAAAACAAAAUGGCGUUUUCAAUGUUUUCAACCCCACAACAACAACAACCUCAGUCACUCUUUCAGCCGCAGCAGCAACAACCUUUUCAAAGUAGCCCCUUUUUUUCGCCGCAACAGCCGCAACAACAGCAGCAGCAACUAUUUCCGCAGCAACAACAACAGUCACUACAACAGCAGCAGCAGCAGCAACAACAGCAGCAACAACAACAGCAGCAGCAGCAAUUGUUUCUUUUUACCAACGACAAGUCUCCGGCGAGCUAUGGUACCAAAUGGGCGGAUCUUCAUCCGGAUUCACAAAAGUUCUUACUUCAGAUCGAGGAGCGGAUUCUGGAAUACAGGGAUGAGAGUCAGAGGCUUGAUCAAUGUAGCCGCCUUUAUGAUUCUUCGAUUUCUAAUGAAGGGUUUGAGCUUGAUGCCAACCAUAUUGUUCAAGAACUUGGGGGAAUCAGCACUUCCAUGGAACGACAGAAAGCUCAGCUGCAAGAGUUGAUGGCUUCUGUGAAAGAUAUGUUACGGAACACAGAGGUAGCUGUUCGUUCUUUCCUUAUGGUACGCCCAAGGUUUCUUCAUCCUAAAUCAGGAGGUGCUUCUAGUGCUACCACACCAUUCCAGACUCCUGGAGCAGCACCAUCACCAGCACCAGCACCAGCGCCAGCGCCAAGUUCCACUGGCCAAUCAACAGCUACCUCAGUGGUGCCUGUUUUUGACUUUUAUUGUGGACUUCCAAGGAAACCAUCUCCUUUUUUGCAGCAAACUGUUGCCAGAUUUGAGAAAUAUCUGUGUGAGUGCCGCCAAUGGAUUGAAGAGUUAGAGCAAUUGCUCCUAUUAGAUUCUGACCGGAACUCUUCCAACCCUGGAUCAUCUUUAUUGCAUUCCCUUCCAAUGGUGAUGUCAAAUGUGCACAGCUUUUUUGUUCAUGUGGCUUCCAAGGUGGAAAGCAUUCAUCAGUAUGUUGAAACUAUGAAAACAGCUUAUCUUGCUGAUCAGCGUCGCCGAGGAGAUUUUAAUGACCCUUUUCUUGAGGCUGAUCGACGAGAAACAGCCAAACAAGAAGCUGCUGCUAAGAGGGUACAUCCAACUUUGCAUUUACCUACAAAUUUACAACCAUCAACACAAGUGGUAGGGUUGCUUACAAGUACAAUGCCUGGGGCAUCAAUUGCUCCACAGACAUCACCAGCAGCUUCAUCAGGGGGUGGGUUCUCUCAUUUUGUUACGCCGGCCUCUACUUCAGCUUCCUCUAUGUCGUCUUCUCUGUUUGCAACACCUCAGAUAUCAACAUCUCUAUUUGCUGCUUCUCCAUUUUCCAAACCUCCUGCUCCAUCUACCACCGCUGCUGGAGGUGUUUCAACAGCAUCUGGGGCGAGCUUUGGCACAUCUAGACCAUCUAGGCCCAAACCGCGAACUACCCGACGCUAAUCUGUGUGGCUUCAGAUUUUGAAAUUAGGAGUAACACCUCUCCUGCUUAGAUGAUUACUUGCUUCUAAAGCAAUCCAUUGUUCAUGUCAAAUUGGCAUCUAUGCCCUUGGCAUUGUCUUAAUAUCAGCUUCAUUUGCUCUCAAGUUUAUGGAUCUGCAAUGCUUAAUUUUUUGAAUCCAAGGGGGCUUGGGUUACUUGUGCAUUGUAAUGUCUUAAAUAUCUUCAUUCCUUUGUGGAUAUGUUGCACAAUAUUGGAAUGAGAUCUAUGUUGCUGUAAUGUUGUAGAAUACAUUUUUAGGUGCAGUAAUUGUUACCAUGAUGAAUCUUGUAGUCGGGUAUCUACCUAGAUACAAAAGAUGUCAAAAUAAACGCUCAUUAGUCAGUUUUA